AUGAAUCCAAUGGAAUUCCACUCAUUCUCGACAUAUAGAAAACCAUACGUCAAUGAAUAUGUCAACGAAGUGGUGACGAGAAUGCCAAUACUCAGUACGGACUGUUUACUGGAUGUAGGGUGUGGAUUAGGUGAUUUUAUCGAAGCCUUGGUAGACGAAACACAGGCGAUGAAAGUAAUUGCACUGGACACUAACCAGGGAAUGAUUGACACUGCUAAAGAGAUGAACAGCGACCCGAGGAUACAAUAUAUUGUAGCUGAUGCUGGAAAUGCAGACGGUUUUAAAGAAAGCUGGAACAAUACCUUUGAUAAAGUGCUGUGUUACUAUGUUCUGCCGUACAUCAAGAAUUGGAAAUCAGUCACACUGAGAGGAAUUUAUGACUGCUUGAAACCAGGUGGACGUGCUUUUAUCAAUGUUGGACUCAAGUCAUCACAUGGGAUUCAAACCUUAAUUAGUAGUAUGGAUAUUUCAAAAUGGAAGCACUACUUUCAUGUAAGCUUAUACGCACAUAUCUUAAAAACCGAUAUAGCAAUAUUUUGGUAG